GCUGAACCAUUUUGGUGGUUCCAUAUUAUUAUCGAUGAUCUAGGCAAUCAAAUAUUCACUUAUGCUGAUACAUGGUGCAUAGGAAAGAGAAAUACAAAUCGGGUCAAAUAGGAUAUUUACCACUUCCAUAAGAUUUUAUCGACUUUCCCUCCUGAUCUGAGUUCUUUUGUUACCCAAGGAUUUAUCUGGAGUGUUUCCUGCCACCAUGUAUCACCGAAAUGUUUUCAUUCCUUUUUAUCUGGUCAUCGGAUUGGGCGUUAUUGAAAACCAAGCACUGCAGUGCUUUGUUUGUACCGCCAACCUAUUGCUCAACAAGGACUGCAGAUCUCUAUCAGCAGCCCGUCUUAUCGAUUGUCCGGAUACAAGCGACCAUUGCAAUGCUAUAAUCACCGAUAUCGAUGGCCAAAUCAUCGUGAAUCGGGGAUGUUCGGGUAAUGUGGAAGCGUGGGGUUACGGCAGCGAAGAGUGCGAUAUAAUGACAAACGACAAAUUAAUCGAUCGUGCCGUGGCCUUCUAUCAGUGCCGUGGUGAUGGGUGUAAUAAUCUUGAGCCGGGCCAAAUUACCACCGAAACCAAAGUUGUUGCCAACAACAGCAACGUUAAUGUCCCGAAAUUCGCUCUGACCAGCAAUCUCAAGAGCGAGCACAUCGUUGGCAUGGAGAAUCAAAUUUCCGACUCACGUGCCAUUGUCACCAACGAGGAAGAGAAAUUUAUGCGGCGCGGCAAGCAGGCUAAUGACGACGCUGAUCAACAGGAUGAUGAGACGUACGGCGAUAAUCCUCGCAAGAAAACCCGCUCCACCACCAAGGCUACCACACCGACCACCACGGAGACGACGACGACGACGACGACUACAACGGAGGAAUCCACCACUACCACGAAACGACCUAUCUUCACCACGCGCCCUAUCAUUACCAGACCGCGCCGGAGGAAUUUCACCAUCUUCGACCGGAAGUAGAAGUCUUUUCUUUACAUUUUUUCUCUGCGUAUGGGUAUGUUUGACCAACCUCCAGGUUUGUACGGUCAUGAAAAAGCUGGAGGCUCUUUCCAACAGUAUUUGUAUCGUUUUGAAUUAUUGUUAACAAUAAGAAUUUUAUUAUUCCGCACAACACUGCCGCUUGUGCUACAGCACCAUGCAAUACUACUUAUUCUGCUGCUAAUCCAUUAUACAUAGAAGUAAUAAUUUUUAUUUUACGUUGCACUUCGGCUGCGCUUACAUUGUCGUGAACUUUAAUUACACUGUGCCUUUCAUAUAAA